GCUCGCGCAGAAGCGGAGAGCCGGUGGCGUCGCAGGUCGGGAGGAGGAGCACCGAGUGGAGGGCUCGCUUGCCGGGGCCGCCCGAGAGUCUUAAUCGUGAGUGCUGGGGCCGCCAUCUUAGAUGGCGGGAGUAAGAGGAAAGCGGUCGUGAGGCGGGAAGGCUUUUCUGCUGCUCUCCUUUGGCCCCGGAAAGGGUCAGCUGGCCGUGCUUUGGGGCGUGUGCCCUGAGGCGCGGAGCGCGUUUGCUACGAUGCGGGGGCUGCUCGGGGCUCCGUCCCCUGGGCUGGGGACGCGCCGAAUGUGACCGCCUCCCGCUCCCUCACCCGCCGCGGGGAGGAGGAGCGGACGAGACGCCGCCGCCGGACGACAGGUCGUUGGGACGGCCUGGCUCCCUCAGGUUUAAGAAUUGUUUAAGCUGCAUCAAUGGAGCACAUACAGGGAGCUUGGAAGACGAUCAGCAAUGGUUUUGGACUCAAAGAUGCUGUGUUUGAUGGCUCCAGCUGCAUCUCUCCUACACUAGUUCAGCAGUUUGGCUAUCAGCGCCGGGCAUCAGAUGAUGGCAAACUCACAGAUCCUUCGAAGACAAGCAACACUAUCCGUGUUUUCUUGCCGAACAAGCAAAGAACAGUGGUCAAUGUGAGAAAUGGAAUGAGCUUGCAUGACUGCCUUAUGAAAGCGCUGAAGGUGAGGGGCCUGCAACCAGAGUGCUGUGCAGUGUUCAGACUUCUCCAAGAACAUAAAGGUAAAAAAGCACGCUUAGAUUGGAAUACUGAUGCUGCCUCUUUGAUUGGAGAAGAACUUCAAGUAGAUUUCCUGGAUCAUGUUCCCCUCACAACACACAACUUUGCUCGGAAGACGUUCCUGAAGCUUGCCUUCUGUGACAUCUGUCAGAAAUUCCUGCUCAAUGGAUUUCGAUGUCAGACUUGUGGCUACAAAUUUCAUGAGCACUGUAGCACCAAAGUACCUACUAUGUGUGUGGACUGGAGUAAUAUCAGACAACUCUUAUUGUUUCCAAAUUCCACUAUUGGUGAUAGUGGAGUCCCAGCACUACCUUCUUUGACUAUGCGUCGUAUGCGAGAGUCUGUUACCCGGAUGCCUGUUAGUUCUCAGCACAGAUAUUCUACACCUCACGCCUUCACCUUUAACACCUCCAGUCCCUCAUCUGAAGGUUCCCUCUCCCAGAGGCAGAGGUCGACGUCUACACCUAAUGUCCAUAUGGUCAGCACCACCCUGCCUGUGGACAGCAGGAUGAUUGAGAAUAACAACCUGAAUGCUUCUCCCAGGGCGUGGUCCAGACGAUUUUGUUUGAGGGGAAGAGAUGCAAUUCGAAGUCACAGCGAAUCAGCCUCACCUUCAGCCCUGUCCAGUAGCCCCAACAAUCUGAGCCCAACAGGCUGGUCACAGCCCAAAACCCCCUUGCCAGCACAAAGGGAGCGGGCACCAGGAUCUGGAACCCAGGAGAAAAACAAAAUUAGACCUCGUGGACAGAGAGAUUCAAGCUAUUACUGGGAAAUAGAAGCCAGUGAAGUGAUGCUCUCCACUCGGAUUGGGUCAGGCUCUUUUGGAACUGUUUAUAAGGGCAAAUGGCAUGGAGAUGUUGCAGUAAAGAUCCUAAAGGUUGUCGACCCAACCCCAGAGCAGUUCCAGGCCUUCAGGAAUGAGGUGGCUGUUUUGCGCAAAACACGGCAUGUGAACAUUCUGCUUUUCAUGGGGUACAUGACAAAGGACAACCUGGCAAUUGUGACCCAGUGGUGCGAGGGCAGCAGCCUUUACAAACACCUGCAUGUCCAGGAGACCAAGUUUCAGAUGUUCCAGCUAAUUGACAUUGCCCGGCAGACGGCUCAGGGAAUGGACUAUUUGCAUGCAAAGAACAUCAUCCACAGAGACAUGAAAUCCAACAAUAUAUUUCUCCAUGAAGGCCUAACAGUGAAAAUUGGAGAUUUUGGUUUGGCAACAGUAAAGUCACGCUGGAGUGGUUCUCAGCAGGUUGAACAACCUACUGGCUCUGUUCUGUGGAUGGCUCCAGAGGUGAUCCGAAUGCAGGAUAACAACCCAUUCAGCUUCCAGUCAGAUGUCUACUCCUAUGGCAUCGUAUUAUAUGAGCUGAUGACAGGGGAGCUUCCUUACUCUCACAUUAACAACCGAGAUCAGAUCAUCUUCAUGGUGGGCCGAGGGUAUGCCUCCCCAGAUCUUAGUAAGCUAUAUAAGAACUGCCCCAAAGCAAUGAAGAGGCUGGUAGCUGACUGUGUCAAGAAAGUAAAGGAAGAGAGGCCUCUUUUUCCCCAGAUUCUGUCUUCCAUUGAGCUGCUCCAGCACUCUCUACCGAAGAUCAACCGGAGCGCUUCCGAGCCAUCCUUGCAUCGGGCAGCCCACACUGAGGAUAUCAAUGCUUGCACGCUGACCACAUCCCCGAGGCUGCCUGUCUUCUAGUUGACUUUACACCUGCCCUCAGGCUGCCAGGGGAGGAAGAAAAGCCAGCAGGCACCACUUUACUGCUCCCUUUCUCCAGAGGCGGAGCACAUGUUUUCAGAGAAGCUGCUGCUAAGGAUCUUCUAGACUGCUCACAGGGCCUUAACUUCAUGUUGCCUUCUUUUCUACUCCUUUGGGCCCUGGGAGAAGGAAGCCAUUUGCAAUGCUGGUGAGUCCUGCUCCUUCCCCAUGUACCCCAUGCUCAAGGCUCAGCCUUCUCUAGAUGUGCAAGUGGAUGUUGAUGGUAAUCCAAAAAGCAGGGGUCCAGCCCAGCUGUUGGCUAUGUAUUUUGAGGAAGUAAGGUAGCAGGCAGUCCAGCCUGAUGUGGAAACACAUGGGAUUUUGGAAAUCAACUUCUGGAGGAAUGCAUAUCACAGGCGGGACUUUCUUCAGAGAGUGGUGCAGCGCCAGACAUUUUGCACAUAAGGCACCAAACAGCCCAGGACUGCCGAGACUCUGGCCGCCAGAAAGAGCCUGCUUUGGUACUAUGGAACUUUUCUUAGGGGACACGGCCUCCUUUCACAGCUUCUAAGGUGUCCAGUGCAUUGGGAUGGUUUUCCAGGGAAGGCACUCAGCCGGUCCCCAUCUCGGCCCUCUCAGGGAGCAGUCUUCCAUCAUGUUGAAUUUUGUCUUCCAGGAGCUGCCCCUAUGGGGCGGGGCCGCAGGGCUAGCCUUGUUUCUCUAAUAACACAGCCUUGUUUCUCUAGUCGUAUUAUGCGUAUACAAGGAAGCCAGGAAUACAGGUUUUCUUGAUGAUUUGGGUUUUAAUUGUUUUUAUUGCACCUGACAAAAUACAGUUAUCUGAUGGUCCCGCAAUUAUGUUAUUUUAAUAAAAUAAAUUAAAUUUA